AUGAAGCUGUACUCAUCGCUUCUAACAUGGAUUCCAUUGGUUAGUUGUAUAGUUAUUGACAGCGAUUACAAUGUUGCAAUGGACGAUGAAGUGACAACGUUAGCCUCAUCAGCAAAACGAAAAGAUCGAAAUUGUACCAGAGAUACAGCAAUCAUCGAUAAACUUCUGAAUGGAACUGGAUACAACAAGUUUCGAAUACCAAAAGAUGAUGGAGUGAGGGUAUCCGUGGAAUUUUGGAUUCAAGCUAUUACAUCCAUCAACGAGAUCACUAACGAUUUCGAGAUGGAUAUAUACAUCAAUGAAAUGUGGUUGGAUCCAGCGUUGAAUUUUGCAAAUUUAAAUCCUUGCAAGCAGAAUUUAUCCUUAAGUCAUCAGGAAUGUUUUCUUAUUUAUGAAAGUUUCAACUACAAUAAUCAAGAAGUGCAAAUGCGGUGGUCAGAUAGUCCUGAACCCGUGGUAACGAUGACUCGAAUAGUUUUACCAGAUUUUGACCUUAUCAAAAUCUCGCCAACCCUCGUCAACGCUCCUUAUCCUGCCGGUUGGUGGGAUGAACUACAUGUGCGCCUAACAUUCGAGCGACGCUAUAUUUGGUAUUUUAUGCAAGCCUAUCUACCCACUUACCUCACAAUUUUUAUAAGCUGGAUAUCUUUUUCGCUUGGACCGCGUUCGCUUCCUGCACGCACAAUGCUUGGUGUAAAUGCUCUUCUGGCUAUGAUCUUCCAGUUUGGAAAUAUAAUGAGAAACUUGCCAAGAGUUUCAUAUAUCAAAGCUAUAGACGUGUGGAUGCUGAUGUCAAUGACGUUCAUCUUCUGCAGUUUGUUAGAAUUGGCUAUUGUUGGUUACAAAGUGAAAAAUGAGGAUUUAUUGAAAAAACGUGGUUCAAUAAUUCAAAAAAAGGUAAACAAUCAGUUGGACAAUUUCGAUGCAUCGCCCGCUGGCUUAUGUCGGUACGAACGACGGUUUAUUUUGCCAAUGGAAAAGAGGGGUUUUAUCCAUUUCAUCCUAUCUCGUCUACGGGCUAUACGAAAUCUACCUCCUGAGAAGAUCGACCACUUAUCAUCCUUCGUCUUCCCAGCAUGUUUUGCAUUGUUUAAUGUAAGUUGA